AUGUGUGAGUGUGGCUACUCGGUCAACUCCACUUCCUCUCAGCACCAGGUCUUUACCGACCUGAUCGAGUCAGACUUCCUGACUAUCCAGGAUAUCUUCCAUGACACGGACUGGCAAAUUCAGGAAUACGCGACCCCACAUGGCACGGAUGCCGGCCCUUUUGGAAUGAAUAUGACUGGCGCCAAUGUCAUCUCCAACCCUCUCAAAGAUAACUCUACACUCUCCAGUCCGAGCAAACUCGGCGGUGAUGCGGGUCUGCAGCUCUGGGUUCGCGGGGGGAUUCCAUCUAACGGCCUGGUGCCCUCAGCUGAGAUGCGGACAGUUCGGAGAGAUCUCAACUACGGUUCAUUCCGCGCCGCUAUGAAGUUGACUCCAGUGAAUGGAACGUGCAGUGCUGUCUUCUCUUACUACAAUGACACUCAAGAGAUCGACGUGGAACUUCUCUCCUACCAAUACAUCAACUACACCACCUCCAGCCAAGCCAUACCGUCCUCACCCAUCAACCUCAUCUCCCAUUCAGAUCAGUCAAUUCUCACCGAGUAUUCACGGCCGAACACAACCUGCUACGGCAAACCCAUCCUCCCCAAUUCGCUGACUGAUGAGUUCCACGAAUACCGCUUCGACUGGAUGCCGGACCGGGUUUCCUUCUACUUCGACGGGCAGUGGCUAUGGGAUCUCAUCGACGACAUACCAACCUCCAGCUCUGCUAUGUUCUUCAAACAUUGGAGCAAUGGCGCUGUCGGUUGGUCUCAGGGUCCUCCAAUGAAAGAUGCCGUCACGACAAUCGAAUAUUUCAAGGCAUACUUCAAUAGCAGCGACCCGCAGCGCAACGUUGAUUACAAAGGUCGCUGCAAGGAUCCAUCAGCUGAGGGUGCUGUCUGCAUUAUCCCCGACCAGACCGUCCCACCAGAUCCUUCUGUCGUCCCACCUGGACUAAGUGGCUCUUUGGCGAAAAAUGGGUCGGCUAGUACGUGGUUCUUCUCGCAGCACCCCAAUCAAACUGUGAACCAGACUGUCUACACCGGGCAAAAGAAUGCAGGGAUUAUCCGAGGACCAGUGGUGGAGCGGCGUUUCUGGAUCACGGGGGUUGUGAUGCUGCUGAUUAGUGGCAUGUGGGUGGAACCAUAUAUGGUACGUCCGAUCGGAGACUUAUGUUUCCUUCCCCUGUAA